AUGUCUUUAAAAACUUAUUUAGAUGAGGUUCAAAAAUGUAUUGACACGGAGGAUGUUAGAUGUAAGGAAUUAUUGAGUAUAACUUUACCAAGGGUUAAAGAAUUAGUUAUUUUAAUUGAGAAAAUAGGUGAGAGAAGAGUAGAAAUUGAAACAAGAAGAAUUUUACAAAAUCCCCCAUGGGAAGAAAUUGUUAUUCAAUAUUAUAAAGUUUUAGUAGCAUUAAAAAAAGAAGAUUAUAUUGAAGCAUUUAAAGAACAAAAUACUUUGGCCAUGUAUCCUUUUUAUUAUUUUACCGUUUAUCCAAGAAAAAGAUCAGAUAUAAUGUUUAUGAGGCUUGGUAAUGAUCCAACAAAUUUAGAGAUAGCAGCAAGAACUAUAAAUAAGUCAUUUGCAAGUUGUAUAACGGACAGGGCACCAUCUAGUAUUUCACGUAAAUGGGGAACUUAUUAUAUUGCGGGAUUACUGUUUAAAACAUAUUUUAAGUUGAAACAACAAAAUUUAUGUAAAAAUGUAAUGAAAUCAAUAAAAGCAUCAGCAGAUUUGCCUCCAUUCUCGGAAUUUCCUAAACCACACAAAGUUACGUUUUUAUAUUAUCAUGGACUAUUAUUAUUUUUAGAUGCUGAUUAUGCACUGGCCGAAGAGAAAUUUGUAGCAGCAUUUAGGAUGUGUCCAAAGAGCUCGUUUAAAAAUAAAGAAGACGGUAAUGUUAAGAAAUUUGAUGAAUCAUUAGUGUUGAAGGAAAAGUUGUUGGUUGCACAAAAUACUUUUCUAACAGUUGAAUUGGCAAGACAAAUUGCUGUCAGAGUAUUAUUUAAAAAAGUAAAUCGAGGAACUAGAUUACCAUUAGGAGUAUUUCAGGCGGCAUUAAAAUUUGUUGGUAUCGAUAUAGAAAUGAAAGAAGUAAUGUGGUACAUGGCUUCAAUGAUUCAAAAAGGACAUAUAAGAGGAUAUAUGGCACAUCAAAAACAAUUUUUAGUGUUGAGUGAAGCAAACCCAUUUCCGCCAUUAGGAAACAACAAUUUACCUGCAUCUUCUACACCUUCAUUUUUUUUAGCCAAUAACAAAUAA